GAAUCAGUUCAAAUGUGGUUCUAGAACGCGAACGUUGAAAACUGCAAAUACAAUGCUGAAAAAAUCGUAUUGUCGAUUUAUAUGUCUGUUAACAGUAAUGCAAGUCUGUCAAUGUAGCUUUAUGUAUGAUAAGGUCGGUGAGACCUCUUACUUUAUAGCCGUGGGAUUCAGUGAUGAACACAUUUUCGAUUGGUUCGAUGCGCGCAAAAGUUGUCGGGAGAAUGACGGAGAAUUGGUGUCUGUGGUAACGUCCGAUCAAAUGCUUCAACUGCAGGAUUAUAUACUGUCCAAGGGAUAUGCGAAUGGCAGUACAUUUGGCACAUCGGGCCACAGUUACGAUAGUGAAAAUCCCUUCAAAUGGGAGGCGCUGGAUCAGAGAUUGACCUAUACAAAAUGGCUGCCAGGUGAGGCACCUCCGGCCGAUUGUAAUUUGAGUCUGCAACUUAUCGACUCGGAGCUAUAUAUGAUCCGAUCGUGGGGUUAUGAUCCAUAUUAUAUAUGCGAAUACACGACUCCUUGGCGUCGCAUGCAAACAUAUUUUCAUCAAUGGAAAUUUCAUAUUUUGGUCUUAUCCUUACUCCUUGCCAUAGUCUUCAUUUCAUCACACAAAACAAAAACAAAAGAUAUAUCAAAUAAUCGACAAUACGUAGAGAUAAAAAAGAAUCAACUUUGAACUCACAUAUUCAUUUCAUACUAAUUAGA